CCACCUCUCAUCUCCCUUGUAUAAGUGCAAGACCCACACGAUUGAGCAUCCAUCCAUUAGCCGCCUACAAGUCAUUUUCAUCACCAGCCAUGCCAAUACAUCUAAACAAGCUACCACAUAUAAGAGGAGAGUCCAUACCUAACUUGAAUGAAGAACCAGCACAUGAGGAAGAACAGGAAGAUCAAGUUCAUCUCCAGGUCCAUAUCCAAGGUGGUCAGCCCAUACCUAACUUGCAUGAAGAACCAACACAUGAGGAAGAACAGGAAGAUCAAGUUCAUCUCCAGGUCCAUAGCCAAGGUGGUCAUCCCUUACCUGAUCUAAAUGAAGAACCAGCACAUGAGCAAGAUGAGGAAGAUCCCGUUUACCUCCAGGUCCAUCUCCAAGGUCAGCCCUUACCUGAUCUAAAUGAACCUACACAAGAUCAAGGAGAAAUCAAUCAUUGCCAUGAAGACAUGAUGGAGGAAGACAUUGCUGAAGGGCUCAACUUUGACUGUCCGGUUGUACAUGACGAAUUUGAUUUCAACUUUGGAGUUUCUGAUCAGCAACAAGAGCUACAACAAGUUAUCAGUAAGUAG